CACGUCACUUCUCAGGACUAAACAAACAGGAGGAGGAAGAGCCUGAGCGAGCGACUUUCCUUCAGUGCUGGCAAAAAACAUGAACGUGUCAAACGAGCUGUACAGCAAGAAGGAGACCUGGGACCUCCGGCUGAAUCUUAUAGGGUCAGCUUGCAGAAUAUUUUUUGCUAAAGAUCCGAUAAAGAUUUUACACGGCAGAGGUCAAUACAUGUUUGAUGAGGAAGGAAAACGCUAUAUUGACUGCAUUAACAACGUUGCUCAUGUUGGGCACUGUCAUCCUGCUGUGGUAAAAGCAGCACGUGAACAAGAUCUGCUUUUAAAUACAAAUGCAAGAUACCUUCAUGAUAAUCUGGUGGAAUACGCAAGAAGAUUGUCCAAGACGUUGCCUGAGAAAUUGUGUAUUUUCUAUUUUGUGAAUUCUGGGUCAGAGGCCAAUGACCUUGCGCUGAGGCUAGCUCGUCAGCACACCAAACAUAAGGACGUGGUAGUUCUAGACCAUGCGUAUCAUGGACACCUGACAUCACUUAUUGACAUAAGUCCUUAUAAAUUUCGAAAGCUGGAAGGCCAAAAGAAAUGGGUUCAUGUGGCUCCUAUCCCUGAUACUUACAGAGGAUUGUACAGGGCCGAUCACAAAGACCCAGCUACUGCUUACGCCAAUGAAGUCAAGGACAUUAUAGAUGAGGCGCACAAAAAGAAUCGAAAGAUCGCUGCUUUUUUCAUUGAGUCAUUGCCAAGUGUUGGAGGCCAAAUCAUUCCACCAAAAGGCUAUUUCCAGAAAGUUGCACAUCAUGUCAGAGAGGCCGGUGGUGUGUUUGUUGCUGAUGAAGUACAAGUGGGGUUCGGCAGAGUGGGCACACAUUUCUGGGCGUUUCAGCUUCAGGGUGACGACUUUGUUCCUGAUAUUGUUACCAUGGGAAAACCAAUUGGAAAUGGACAUCCUUUAGGAUGUGUUGCCACAACAAAAGAAAUUGCAGAUUCAUUUGCAGCAACUGGAGUGGAGUACUUUAACACUUUUGGGGGAAAUCCAGUUUCCUGUGCGGUCGGUUUGGCAGUAUUGGAUGUAAUUGAGAAAGAGAAUCUCACUGAUCACGCAACAAAAGUGGGAACAUUUUUGAUGAAAUUGCUAAGUGAACUAAAAAACAAGCAUCCUAUGAUUGGAGAUGUCAGGGGUGCUGGACUUUUUAUUGGUGUAGAGUUAAUAAAGGACCACGAGAAAAUGUUACCUGCUACUGAAGAAGCUGAAUACAUCAUUAAGCGGAUGAAGGAAAAACAAAUUUUAUUGAGUACAGAUGGACCUGGAAUGAAUGUAAUUAAAUUCAAGCCACCUAUGUGCUUUUCUUUUGAAGAUGCAAGAAAUGUUACAGAAGAGCUGGAUAUAAUUCUUACCAAUAUGGAAUCCAAAAAAGAAAGCAUCUAAACAUUAUCAUUUGUUUCUUGUCCAUAAGGAUUGCGCUGAGAAGUUUCCAAAAAGGAAUCAUUUACAUGGCAGCAGGUUAUGAAGAAAAGGGCAAGCAAGAAAUAACAUAAUUUAUGUAAGAACUUACCUGAUAAAUUCAUUUCUUUCAUAUUAGCAAGAGUCCAUGAGCUAGUGAUGUAUGGGAUAUACAUUCCUACCAGGAGGGGCAAAGUUUCCCAAACCUCAAAAUGCCUAUAAAUACACCCCUCACCACACCCACAAAUCAGUUUAACAAAUAGCCAAGAAGUGGGGUGAUAAGAAAAAAGUGCGAAAGCAUAUAAAAUAAGGAAUUGGAAUAAUUGUGCUUUAUACAAAAAAAAUCAUAACCACCACAAAAAAGGGUGGGCCUCAUGGACUCUUGCUAAUAUGAAAGAAAUGAAUUUAUCAGGUAAGUUCUUACAUAAAUUAUGUUUUCUUUCAUGUAAUUAGCAAGAGUCCAUGAGCUAGUGACGUAUGGGAUAAUGAAUACCCAAGAUGUGGAUCUUCCACGCAAGAGUCACUAGAGAGGGAGGGAUAAAAUAAAGACAGCCAAUUCCGCUGAAAAAUAAUCCACACCCAAAACAAAGUUUAAAUCUUAUAAUGAAAAAAACUGAAAAUAUAAGCAGAAGAAUCAAACUGAAACAGCUGCCUGAAGUACUUUUCUACCAAAGACUGCUUCUGAGGAAGAAAACACAUCAAAAUGGUAGAAUUUAGUAAAAGUAUGCAAAGAAGACCAAGUUGCUGCUUUGCAAAUCUGAUCAACCGAAGCUUCAUUCCUAAAUGCCCAGGAAGUAGAGACUGACCUAGUUGAAUGAGCUGUAAUCCUUUGAGGCGAAGUUCUACCUGACUCAACAUAAACAUGAUGAAUCAAAGACUUUAACCAUGAUGCCAAAGAAAUGACAGAAGCCUUCUGACCUUUCCUUGAACCAGAAAAGAUAACAAAUAGACUAGAAGUCUUCCGGAAAUCUUAGUAGCUACAACAUAAUAUUUCAAAGCUCUAACUACAUCCAAAGAAUGCAACGAUCUUUCCUUAGAGAUCUUAGGAUUAGGACACAAUGAAGGAACUUCAAAUUCUCUACUAAUGUUGUUACAAUUCACAACCUUAGGUAAAAAUUUAAAUGAAGUUCGCAAAACCGCCUUAUCCUGAUGAAAAAUCAGAAAAGGAGACUCACAAGAAAGAGCAGAUAAUUCCGAAACUCUUCUAGCAGAAGAAAUGGCCAAAAGAAACAAAACUUUCCAAGAAAGUAAUUUAAUAUCCAGCGAAUGCAUAGGUUCAAACGGAGAAGCUUGAAGAGCCCCUAGAACCAAAUUCAAACUCCAAGGAGGAGAAAUUGACUUAAUAACAGGUUUUAUACGAACCAAAGCUUGUAUAAAACAAUAAAUAUCAGGAGGACUAGCAAUCUUUCUGUGAAAAAGAACAGAAAGAGCAGAGAUUUGUCCUUUCAAGGAACUUGCAGACAAACCUUUACCAUCCUGAAGAAACUGUAAAAUUCUAGGAAUUCUAAAAGAAUGCCAAGAAAAAUGAUGAGAAAAACACCUAGAAAUGGAAGUCUUCCAGACUCGAUACUAUAUCAUCCUAGAUACAGAUUUACGAGCCUGUAACAUAGUAUUAAUUACGGAGUCAGAGAAACCUCUAUGACUGAGAAUCAAGUGUUCAAUCUCCAUACCUUCAAAUUUAAGGAUUUGAGAUCCUGAUGGAAAAAAAGGACCUUACGAUAGAAGGUCUGGUCUUAAUGGAAGAGUCCACGGUUGGCAAGUAGCCAUCCGGACAAGAUCCGCAUACCAAAACCUGUGAGGCCAUGCUGGAGCCACCAGCAGAAUAAACUAACGCUCCUUUAGAAUCUUGGAAAUCACUCUUGGAAAAAAAACUAGAGGCGGAAAGAUAUAAGCAGGAUGAUACUUCCAAGGAAGUGACAAUGCAUCCACUGCUUCCGCCUGAGGAUCCCUGGAUCUGGACAGAUACCUGGGAAGCUUCUUGUUUAGAUGAGAAGCCAUCAGAUCUAUUUCUGGAAGUCCCCAUAUUUGAACAAUCUGAAGAAAUACCUCUGGGUGAAGAGACCAUUCGCCCGGAUGUAGCGUUUGGCGACUGAGAUAAUCCGCUUCCCAAUUGUCUAUACCUGGGAUAUGAACCGCAGAAAUUAGACAGGAGCUGGAUUACGCCCAUACAAGUAUUCGAGAGACUUCUUUCAUAGGCAGGGGACUGUGAGUCCCUCCUUGAUGAUUGACAUAAGCCACGGUUGUGACAUUGUCCGUCUGGAAACAAAUGAACGACUCUCUCUUUAGAAGAGGCCACGACUGAAGAGCUCUGAAAAUUGCACGGAGUUCCAAAAUGUUGAAUGGUAAUCUCGCCUCCUGAGAUUCCCAAACCCCUUGUGCUGUCAGAAACCCCCAUACAGCUCCCCAACCUGUCAGACUUGCAUCUGUUGAGAUCACAGUCUAGUUUGGAAGAACAAAAGAAGCCCCCUGAACUAAACGAUGGUGGUCUGACCACCACGUCAGAGAGUGUCAAACAAUCGGUUUUAAAGAUAUUAAUUGAGAUAUCUUUGUAUAAUCCCUGCACCACUGGUUCAGCAUACAGAGCUGAAGAGGUCGCAUGUGAAAACGAGCAAAGGGAAUCGCGUCCAAUGCAGCAGUCAGAAGACCUAGAAUUUCCAUGCAUAAGGCUACCGAAGGGAAAGAUUGAGACUGAAGGUUUCGACAAGCUGAAACCAAUUUCAGACGUCUCUUGUCCGUCAGAGACAGAGUCAUGGACACUGAAUCUAUCUGGAAACUUAAAAAGGUUACCCUUGUCUGAGGAAUCAACGAACUUUUUGGUAAAUUGAUCCUCCAACCAUGUUCUUGAAGAAACAACACUCAUAAAAGACUGGAAAGGUUCUUUCUAUUGAAAAUGAGCAAAGGGAAUUGAAUCCAAUGCUGUGGCCAUAAGACCUAAAACUUCUAUGCAUAUAUAGCAACUGAAGGAGACUAAAGGUACCGACAGACGGAACCCAAUAAAAUUAUCCCUUGUCUGAUAGAGACAAAGACAGUGACACAAACUGGUACAAAAAAAACGAAGGAGCUGCACAAAAGUUCACAUAUCAUAAAGCAAAUUUAUUGCAUACAGAUGAACGAUACAAACAUAGCAAAAGGUGUCUGACGCGUUUCCCGCCCUCUAGUGGCGCUUCAUCAGAGACAUAAUGAGCAUGUACACAACCUAUCCUUAUAUCAGGUAAUACCUGCCCACACUCUUGCCCACACAUAACUAAAUUCAAAACAUAAAAAUAAAAAUAAAAUGCAGUGAAAAACAAAAGCAAGUGUGUAUAUAAAAACAGAACAAGAUACAUCUCAUUUACAGUGCUGUCCCUGUACUAGUACACAACAUUCUAUUAAGGAAUCUGGCCAUUAUGAGCAAUGUUGUUCAAGAGUAAAGAAAAAUAGAAAAACUUAAUAAAGUCAAAGAAAAAACCUUGUAUGUAUAUAUUACAAAAAACAAAGAACAAAUACAGAAAAAUGGAUAAUUCAAACAAUUCAGGCAAAUCAAACAUUAAAGGGACACUCAAAAAAUAUUUUUUCUCCCAAUUUACUCAGAGGGCCCCUAUUACAUCUGCUAGAGGACGCUGGUGCAAAAAAGCACUCCACUAUAGUAGAGAAAUUUUCCAUAUAUAUAUAAGAGCUGUUACACAAGGAGCCUAUAAAAGUUCUCUCCAUUUAUCAGCAUUUGUUAUUGUGCGAUAAUGCACCAGCAUCCAUCAGCAUAUCCUAACCUCUCAAUGUGGCAGCAAUAUCGCAUCACCAAUACAUAUGCGUUAACAUCUACUAAUAUGUCCGAUAUGUCCCAUAUUAUGUGCCACUUCUGCAAGGUUCAACUCUAAUGGUUUCUGGAGAUAGCUAAAUCUAAAAGUUAGUGUGAAAACACAUACAAUGAUUAAAUAUAUCCAAAAAACCUUGUUGGCUUGUGCCCAAUGGUGUCCACAAAGGAACAAUAUAGUCAUCUGAAGUUAUACAAUAUGUGUAUAACAUAGAAAAGAGGAAAUCCUCUCCUAUAUCAGAUAUAGCUAUACAGUAGGAUACACCAUGUACACAAACCAAUUACUCACAUGUUGAAUAAAAUCCAUGCAAAUAGGCAGAUGCCCAAACUCAGACCACCCGGCUAGGUACAGGACAGUGACACUCUAUCCCUUUGGCAAGAUGUCUAAAACAAACUAAUGCAGGGGAUUGAGAUACAUACAUAUUAAUAUGACUCCAUGUUCAUUCAGCUAAACAAUCAAAGAAGUACUCACUAGCAUCAUUCAAACCUACAAGUCAUGGUAAAGUAAGAGAUACUUGUGAUAGUAUUAAUAAUAGUAAAUUAGACAAAGUAACUUAUGUCCCAUUCUUUAUUUAAUCCUAAAGGGACCCUGGUCUUGAGUUUAAAUAUCCAGUAAAGUUCUUUCUUAUCUAAUACCUUAUGUCUAUCACCACCUCUAAUCGAGGUUAGUGCUUUAUCAAUUGCCUUAAUGCUGAAAUCUCCAACAUUCGUGAAGUGUAUCCCAUUGAAGUGCUGGGCUAUGCUUGAAUCUUUGUUGUAAUUCUUAACAUCAUUAAAAUGUUCUCUUGCUCGUGUA